AUGGCGCGUCUUGGAGCCCGUGCCUUUGCCCUCGCCGCCGUGGUCGGCGUGGCUUUGUGGUCCCAGACGUGCUUGAAGGCUUUCUGCGGCGGUGGCUUGAGCCGUCCUGAAGGACCGGCCGUGGCCCGCAACGGAUGGCGGCUUGACAAGAUGGAGGUCGGACCCCAGGGCAUUGGCCAGCUCGUGGUCGCUGAGGGCUUCUUCAUUGGAGAGAAGGACAUGUUCAAGAUCUGCAACAAACAGGGCCGUCGCUACCGCAUGCGUCCUUUCGCGGAGGAGCGCAAGACCGACACCACCCUCCCCGGCAUCUUCCAGCUCGGACCUUUCAAGAUCCACCUGGAGCAAGCCUUCCGUGGUGGCGCCGGUUCUCAUGCGCUCUUUGCCGAUCGCCCCGAAGGCUAUUCCGGCAACGGCGGCACCGCCGGCUGGGGUGAGGACAUCCCCACUCGCAAGGGUGGCUACGGCAGCCGCUAA